AUGGGAGCUUCUUAUGAAGAUAUUGAAACAGAAAAUAUUAUUGAGACUGAAGUAGAAGAUUUUCAUGAUGACUUUGAUGGUGAAAUAAAUAAUGAAGUUUUUUCAAAUGUAGAAAUUGAGAAAUUUAAAAAAAUUUACAAUAAUGAACAAAUUGAAGAAUCAGAAAUUAAUGAAUUAAAAGCUGAAAAUGAAAAAUUAAGUGAAAAAAAAGAGCAAGCAAAAAAUUAUAUUAUAAAUAUAUUCAAGAAAAGUUGUUGUAAUAAAAAUUGUUUAGAAGAAAUUGAUCAAGAAGUUGCUAUUUUAUGGUUGGGAAUUAUUUCAACAUCAACCAGAAAUUCGACAACAUCAACUAGUGAAUAUUUGACAAUGGCUUAUGUAUUUGAUGGUGUAGCAAUAUGCAGUAGUGCUUUUUUAAAAUUAUAUGAUUUAUCAAAAAAUAGAUUAACUGGUUUAAAAAAUCAUUAUAAAGGUAAUGAUAUUGUACCAAAAGUGCAUUUAAGCAAAGGAAAAAAGGUUUCUCAUAAUAAAUUCUCUUUUGAGACAAUAUUAAAAGUGCUUACUUUUUUAAAAAUUUAUGCAAAUUUGAAUGGUUUACUAUCACCAG